GAUGAUGAUGACAUUUGUUUUAGCAAAGUUAUAUCACUUUUCCAGCAUCUUAAAAUAGCUGCUGAAGUACCAGGAGAAGAAAAAUAUGUCAUGCCAGCACUUCUUCCCCUGAAAGAUCCAGACACCAUCAAACUAAAUACUUCACCUCUUCUUUUUCAUUUCAAUAGUGCUGUUCCUAUGGGUUUCUUCUGUGCUGUCAUUGUUCAUCUACUAUCAGUUUUUUGGAAAAUUUUUAUUGAAGAAGGAAGUUUUUCUAAUUUUUGUACUUUGCAGCGACAAAUAUUAAAAGGUCGUUAUUUAAAAAUUGCACUAGUGGAAAGGCUAAAUUGCAUUGAGAUUUAUUGUGAUGAAGCACAGCAUCGACUGAAAGCAAAAACUGAACUAGUUAAUGCUAUUGAUAGUGUUAUGGAAGUUCUAAAGCUUAGCGAAAAACCAUCACUAGUGUUUUACUGUCCGUGCAAAAAAGAAGGAGAACAUGUAGCUACUGUGGAUGUGAAAGAGAGGGAUAAUAGCUCUAUUGAUUGUGUAUUACAUAGCAGUCUAGAACUAUCAGAUGAGAAGUACGAUGAUUAUUUUUCAUGGUUCUUUACCCAAAGAGACUACCCAAAUGUCUCAGUUGUUGAUGAAACUGAUGGACCUGAUUCAAUGCAGUGUGCUAAAGUUGACAUUGUUCCCUCACUUGUUGCAGUUCCACCAACUAAAAGAGUUAGAGCGGACGAAGAAGAGGUUGAGAAACUUAAAGUUCAAAUAUCUGACAAGGAAGAGCAGAUAGCUAAACUAAUAAAAAAAGAGGUACAAAAAGAUGCCACAACUCAUGAUAUUAGGAAACAUAAGAAUUUUAUACUGCGUUCACUACAAAACAUUGUUAAAGAGUGGAAAACACUUGGAGACCUACUAGGCAUAGAAAAGCGUGUUUUAGAUCAAAUAGAAUGUGAUCAUGGUUCUGCUAAUCUGUGUAGGAUCAAUAUGAUUAGUCAUUGGUUGGAAGGAGGUGCAGCUAGUCUUGAGUCACUGAUAGAAGCACUGGAAAUACUGGGCAGGAAUGAUAUUAUAGCUACUUUGAAGAACAAAGAAAAUUGGCAAUAACUGAAAAAAAUAAUUUUUAUUAGCCUACAUAUGUUAUAAUUGCUAUUUACUAUUAGUUGCAUGCAUCAAUACAUUUGUAUUAAUAGGCAUUUCUAUACCUACUAGUCUGUAUUUAAUGAUUUAAAACAUUCUUAUACUCUUUUUAAGGUAGUUUAGCAA